CAGUUGAUAAGCACUUCUACUCAGACAAGUCCAGCACUCUGUUUCGUAGUUCCACCUUACUCGAGCAAGCAGUCAGACUAUUCUCAAGUCAGCAGAUCCUUGGCGAUAGAGGGCACUAUGUAACAUUACAAAACGCGUUACGUUAGUCACCUCGGGAUAAAGUCCGACCGAAGAAGAACGGAAUUCCUACCUGUCACAGGGAGGGCUCCACUUACUGAAAGACGGCUAACAAAACAUUUUCAGGCUGGGAAACGAUACUUUACCACGCAGAAGGAAACUCACCCGGUUGAGGAGAGAAACGGCGAAGAAGGGGAAACCCUAUAAAGCUGGAGCUACCAUGGUGGGCGAACGCCGCAACGGGAACCUGUUGGUGCAGCUGGGGCCGAGGCAGCAGGCCUACCCAGAGGAGCUGAUCCGACAGCGGCGGACCCACGAUGGGCUGAUCGAGUACCUGAUUCGCUGGACCCUGCUGGCCGUGGAGGAUGGAACUGGCACCAGCAGCGCUGAGGCAGCCAGCAGUGGCAGCAGCGGUUCCGGGACGGGCGGAUCCGGGGGUUCCACGUCAGGCGAGAGCAAGUCGGAAAACAUCCUGAUGUGGAUGUCGACGGAGGAUGUGUACGCUAACUGCCCCACGCUGCUGGGCAAACGCAAAGCCCCCGCCGCCCUGGAGGAGGAGGAGAGGCCGAGCAGCAGCGGGGGUGCCCUCGGCUCCUUCCGCCCGCCGGACGUCACCUUCGACGAGGUCGAGCUGUCAGACAUGAAGACGGACGUGGUGAACCUGGUGCGGCGCGCGCGCAAGCAGAUGGCCAAGACGAGCGAGUUCGCCAUCAGCCUGACCCACACCAUCCACGUGCUCAGCGCCUACGCCAGCAUCGGCUCUCUGGUCGGCGUCUUCAAGGAGACGGGCGCCCUCGACCUGCUCAUGGAGCUGCUCUGCAACAAGGAACGGCAGACCCGACGCAGCGCGGGCAAGAUGCUCCGAGCUCUCGCCUCGCACGACGCAGGUAGUCGGGCGUACGUGCUGUUGUCCCUGAGCCAGCAGGAUGGCAUCGAGCAGCACAUGGACUUUGACAAUCGCUUCACGCUGCUGGAGCUGUUUGCUGAGACCACGUCCUCUGAGGAGCACGGCAUCUCCUUCGAAGGCAUCCACCUGCCACAGAUUCCGGGGAAGCUGCUCUUCUCCUUGGUCAAGCGCUACCUGUGUGUGACGUCGCUGAUGGACAAGUUGAACACGGCUGGCUCGGAGUCCAGCAUUGAGCCUUCGUCCUCCUCGCCCUCCUCCUCCUCCUCGGCGGCCUCGGAGCAGAUGCGUCUCCAGCGGGAGUUUGAGUUCACCAUGGCGAUGGCCAACCUCAUCUCCGAGCUGGUGCGCGUCAUGGGCUGGGACCGCAACCGCCAGCCGCCGUCGCUCCUUGGAGCGUCCGCUCUCCUAGGGGGAGGGGCCAGCGAGGACGGCACCGAGGAUUCCGACGCGUGUCCACGCCGCGCACUCCGCUCCAUCUUCCAGCCGCGCUUCAGCGCCUCGGUGUCCGUCAACGCGGCCGCCGCCGCUGUGGCCCUGGCUACCGUCUCCGGGGCGACCGCGGCUGCUGCCGCGGCAACCACGUCCGUGGCGCCGGCGAAGAAGAAGGUGGCGGUGAACGGCUUCAAGACGCGCACGGACUUCAGCACGCGCUCGGCCUACGUGGAGUACAUCCAGGACAACCUGAAGAGCGGCAUGAUGGUCCGCAUGCUGGAGGACUACGAGGAGGUGUCGUCAGGGGACGAGGGAGAAUUCCGCUACAGCAACGACGGCUCACCCCCCGUACAGGUUUACUGGAACUCUCUAUCUCGUACCUACUGGGUGCACUGGCACAUGAUUGAGAUCCUGGGCAGUGGAACCAGUGGCCAAGCAGAGAAGGAGACUCAGGACAAGGCCUCAACACUCACCGAGACGCUUAAACUGACCACAGUGAGCCAGACGUUCUUCUCGAAGCCUCCGGGCGGGCUGUACUCCCUGCCGUACCUGUGUGAGGGUGAGCGGGAGGAGAGGGGUCAGCUGAGCCGGGCCGAGUGGUGGGAGGUGCUCUUCUUCAUCAAGAAGCUCGAACCCAAACAGCAGCAGGAGGUCAACCACAUCCUGCUGCAGAACCUGGACGACGCACAGAUGCUGCGAGCUGAUCGUGUGUCUCUGCUGCAGCUGAGCGUGCCCGGUGAGGUGGCGCGGCAGAUCCUCCACUACCUGAGACGGACGCUGCAGUCGUCGUGCCUGGGCGACCUGGUCUGCUCGCACGCCUUCACCAAACACUACCUGCGGCGCGGCGGUGCCGGUCUGCAGGACGAGGACCCCCUGGCCGCCGCCCACGGCCUGCUCGGAGGCCGCCACAGCCCCCCCUCGUCCUCCUCCGGCACCGCCGGCGCCUCGUCCUCCGCCAUGGGCUCCGUGUCCAAGAAGCCCAAGAAGGAGCCGACGGCGGACGGGGGGGCGUCAGGUGGAGGCAGCGACACGGAGAGCGAGCUGCCCACAGAGGAUGAGGCCAAGUACCCAGAGGACCUGGAGGAGAAGAUGAAAGCGUUUAACAGCUCUAAGGUGCAGGGGAAGAAGACUGCGCUGGAGAAGCUGGGGGAGGUGGUGGACAUGCUGAAGAAAGGAGGCGGGGCCUCGGACACCAGCAGGCAACUGGCCGCCAUCAAGUUCAUGAGCCGCCUGCUGGAGGAGGAUGGGGUCACGCAGGAGAAGAAAACACUUUCCGACUCCGCUCAGGCCCUACGCGAUCAUAAUACGGAAUUAUGGGACGUCCAAACCUUGGGAACGCCCGUUCAGGUUAACGGAACUUUCUGCAGCGUGCUGAAGAGCCGUAUAGUAAGGUGUUCUCUGUCGGUGUGUAACGGCCUGCUGGUGGUCAUCAUGCUGAUCUCCAGCCAUAAGAGCCUGGCAGAGCAGCUGGUGGCGUGCGGCAUCAGCGCCGUGCUGAAGAAGUGCCUCUCGUCCCAGCGCUCCGAGACCACCACACUCGCCAUCAUCGCACUCAACCACAUCUCCAUGGUGCACAAGCUGGAGAAGCAGGAGUCGGCAGAGGAGCAGGAGUUUAAGGACAUGGAGCUGAAGAUGCUGGUGGUCAGUCUGAAGAACAUGACGGCCUCUAAGGAGGUGAUCCAGACGCUGGAGCAGCUGCUGUGUGAGCCGUCCGCCCAGCUGGACGACGAGAAGAACAAGGUCACGCACAGCCGAGACGCCUUCCAGGACCUGGUGGGCCUCAUGGACCAACACCUCCACACCACUCCACACCACUCCACACCACUCCACACCACUCCACACCACUCCACACCACUCCACACACCACUCCACACCACUCCACACCACUCCAGUGUGUGUGUGUGUCUGACUCAUGUGAUGACCGCAGACCUGUUUAACCUCUGGUUCUGUGUGUGUGUGCGGUCCUCUCAGGUGGUGCAGCAGUUCAUCCGCUUCCUGUACCGGCUGGCGUCGCUGAAUAAGGACUACGCCGUCGUCAUGUGCCGGCUGGGCACCAAGGACGCGCUGGUCAAGGCCCUGGACAAGCACAGCACCAAUCUGCUGCUGGUCACCGAGCUGCGCGACCUCAUCAGCGACUGCGAGAAGUACGCCAGCCUCUACAAGAAGAUGACCACUAGUGUCCUUGCAGGAUGCAUCCAGAUGGUUCUGGGCCAGAUAGAGGAACACAGGCGGAGCCACCAGCCCAUCAACAUUCCCUUCUUUGAUGUGUUCCUGCGGAACCUGUGCCAAGGGUCCAGUGUGGAGCUGAAGGAGGAUAAGUGCUGGGAGAAGGUGGAGGUGUCCUCCAACCAUCACCGUGCCAACAAGCUCACUGACAAGAACCCCAAAACCUACUGGGAGUCCAACGGCUGCACGGGCUCCCAUUUCAUCAACAUCUACAUGCUCAAGGGUGUAGUCAUCAGGCAAUUGGCGGUGCUAGUGGCUAGCGAAGACUCCAGCUACAUGCCCGCACGCAUUGUAGUGCUGGGAGGAGACGACCCUGCCAACGUCAACACGGAACUCAACACCGUGAACGUGCCUCCAUCUGCCAACCGAAUCGUUCUGCUGGAGAACAUGACUCGCUUCUGGUCCAUCGUGCAGAUCCGCAUCAAGAGAUGCCAGCAGGGUGGCAUUGACACGCGUGUGCACGGGUUCGAGGUGCUGGGGCCCAAGCCCACCUUCUGGCCCGUGUUCAAGGAGCAGCUGUGCUGCCGCACCUACCUGUUCUACACCACCAAGGCGCACACCUGGUGCCAGGAGAUCCUGGAGGACAGGGCUCAGCUGCUGCAGCUCUUCAACAAGUUGAACAGCGCUCUGAAACAUGAGCAGAUGUUUGCUGACCGCUUCCUACCUGAUGCUGAAGCUGCCGAGGCCCUGGGGCGCACCUGCUGGGAGGCCCUCAUCACACCUAUAGUGCAGAGCAUCACACUCUCAGACACCCCGGUGCUGAGCCCCCUGGCCUGGUUGCUGAGUGAGUACCUGGACAAUGCUGAGUCGUCCAAGCGCUACAAGACGCGGGCGGCCAUCUUUAACUCGCGCGUGCGACGCCUCACACACCUGCUGGUGCACGUGGACACGAGCCGCGUCGACACCGAGGAGCUCAAGCCGCCCGUCAAGUCCAAAGGUAUCAACAGAAGCAAAGAUUUGAAGAAUGGCAAGGAGGGCAAAAACAAGGAGGCGGCCGUGAUGUCAUCGUCUUCUUCGGCAGUCAAGCCCAAGCUGAAGAACACCAGCAGCAUUGCUGGCAUCGCCCUCUGCUGGCAGGGAGUCGUACAGAGACAGGUGAAGAAGUUUCUGGACUCCACAUGUAGCCUGCCUGACUUUGUGGAGCGUUACCGGGCGAUGUACCUGCGUCUGAAGAACGCCAUGGAGGAGCUGUUUGGCCAGCAGACGGCGUUCGUGCUGGCGCUCCGACAGGGCUUCUCCGCCGCACUGCUGCAGCUCUCCAUCCUCACCUCCAUGCACGUGAGUGAGCGCUUUGCCCAGUACAUUGACCUGAUGAUCCAGGAGAGCUGUGGUGACAGUGGCAACGUGGAGACGCUCAGCCAGCUGCAGCAGUUCCUGGAGCCCAUGCUCUUCCUGUCCGGCCUCGAGCUCGCCAACACCUUCGAGCACUUCUACAGGUGGGUACCUGGGGACCGUCUGCUGGGCCAGAGCAAGGUGUGGCUGGAGAGUGCUGUGAUCGAGCAGAUCGGCUCCUGCUUCCCCAACCGCUUCCCCCAGCAAAUGCUCACCAACCUGCGCGAGUCCCAGGAGCUGCAGCAGGAGUUCCACCUGUACAGACUACAACAGCUGGACAAGACCCUGCAGGACCUGGACGAGGAGGUCGGAGCAUGCACGCACAGACACACAUAUGCACACACGCACGCACACUCACACGCAUGCCUAUCACUCACUCACACACUCUCACACACCACACAUCACCCACACACACACCACACUCACACUCUCACACACAAACACUCGCCUCUGUGCUUCAUACUGACUUCUGUUCUUCUCCUGUGGCAGGAUGUGAGUGUGGACGUUCUCCAGAAGGACACAGGUCUGUCCACGGCCGUUCUGGCCCAUGCUCUAGAACCCCUCACAGGAGACAAGGGCAUCCUCAUGCAGGACCCCGCCAAAGGAGAGCUGCGGCUGAACCCGAGGCUGCUGUCCCAGAGUGGUGGCGCCCAGAGCGUCUUCCACCUGCUGCCCAAGCAGACGUACCUGAACGUGGACGAGGACGCCGCCCGCACCCUGGAGCGCAAGAGGAACUACAUCUACUGCCUCAUCGUCCAGAUCAUGAAGAGCGAGCGCGAGAUGCACAUCGACAACCUCGUCUUCAGGGUGUUGGACACGUGCUGGAAGCAGGAGGCGUUGCGUUCCCCGGGCGCGGUGCGCUUCAGCUGCAGCACCACCGACGUGCUGUCGUGCGUCAUCCACGUGAUCAACAAGGGCUACGUGCGGCGCAACGACGACAGCCCCCACAUCCUGGAGUUCCUCCCCGAGGACCCCUCCACGCCGCAGAAGGGCCAGGCCCAGUUCUCCUUCAGCCGCUCCGACCUCAAGAAGAACUCCACCAAGGCAGACAUCAGCCUGGGCGGUGUGAGUGUGGCAGGCCAUCGUGCGGAGGACGCGGUUCUGGAGGCGGUCCUGUUCUCCAUGGGCCGCACCAUGAGCCAGGAGGACGUGCAGCAGCUGAUGCAGCGCACCGUGCAGCAGGUGGCCGGGACCCUGAGCCUGGACCUGGACCGGGCCCAGCACCUGCUGGUGCACUGCAGGUGGAACGUGGACCUGCUGAUCCAGCGCUACACCGACGACCCUGACGCCCUGGUCCUGGCCGCCGGGCUGAAGAUACGCAACGCCCAGCCCCCCCCGAGCCCGGCCGUGCAGUGCCCCGUGUGCCUGGUGGCCCAGUCUGGGGGGGCAGAACCCGCCCCCACCCUCUGCUGCAACCACUACUGCUGCCGGUCUUGCUGGCAGGAGUACCUGACGGCCAGGAUUGAGCAGAACCUGGUGAUGAACUGCAACUGUCCAAUCACAGACUGCAGAGCCCAGCCCACCGCGCAAUUCUUCUACAACAUCCUCACAGACAAAGACACCAUCUCUAAGGUGUGUGUUAUCCUGCCAUAUGGGCUGUGGGAGUGCUGCUCCAACCUGACGUGGUGCACCAACCCCCAGGGCUGUGACCAGAUCCUGUGCAAGGAGAACAUCGGCAGCAUGGGCACCUGCUCCAAGUGCUGCUGGUCCUCCUGCUUCAGCUGCAACUUCCCCGAGGCCCACUACCCGGCUAGUUGCAGCCACAUGUCUCAGUGGAUGGACGACGGUGGCUACUACGAGGGCAUGACGAUGGAGGCCCAGAGUAAGCACCUGGCCAAGCUCAUCUCCAAGCGCUGCCCCAGCUGCCAGGCCCAGAUCGAGAAGAAUGAGGGCUGCCUGCAUAUGACGUGUGCCAAAUGUAACCAUGGAUUCUGCUGGAGGUGUCUCAAGCCAUGGAAGCCCACUCACAAAGAUUACUACAACUGCUCUGCCAUGGUGAGCAAGGCCGCCAGACAGGAGAAGAAGUUCCAGGACUACAAUGAGAGAUGCACUUUCCACAACCAAGCCAAGGACUUUGCCAUCGGUCUGGAGAACAAGGUGUCCUCCAUCAACGAGGCCUUGCAGAUGAAGGCCCUCACGUUCGUCAUCGAUGCCUGCAAGAUCCUGGCACAGGCACGCAAGGUGCUGGCCUACUCGUGUGUGUACAGCUACUACAACCAGGACACAGAGAAGAUGGAUGUGAUGGAGCAACAGACGGAGGCUCUGGACCUCCACACCAACGCCCUGCAGAUCCUCCUGGAGGAGACGUUGCUGCAGUGCACUGACCUGGCCUCCUGCGUGCGCCUGCUGAAGCCGGAGCACCUGAACACGGGUCUGGAGCUCAUCCGCCGCAUCCAGGAGCGCCUGGUGGCCAUCCUGCAGCACUCCACACAGGACUUCCGGGUGGGCUACCAGACCAAGUCUGCAGACCAGGAGGCUGGACAGGCGUCAAACCUCAACCACACUGGGACUAACAAAGAGGCGAAGUCCGAGAGGGGCUCGGAGUCGGGGGAUUCGGACAACAACAACAACACGGGUGAGGAGGGGGGUGACGAGGCGGAGGAGGAUGAGGAGUACGACGACGACUACGUGCCCGAGUGGCACGAGGACUACGACGAGGAGGACAUCGACGAGGACGACUUCUUCUCCGAUAACGAAGAGUCCGAGAACCUGGAAAGCGACUUCAGUCCCCUCGACUGAGGAGACGGUGCCGUACGGAUCCGCCUGUCCACCCAGACGUACCGAACCCACCUCAGCAUCUUCACUGAGCAGGCACCGCGACCACACGCAUCCCAGAGUUCCCAGAUCAACGACAAAGCACUUAGAGAAAGAAUUCAGAAUUCAGCUUUGGAAUCAACCUAGUGGAGGUUGUGAAUGUUAACAGUAAAAUGCCAUCCCCAGAGUGUAUUGAGGGCGGUAGAGCCUGGUUGGCCUCUUACAUGUUUGGAUUGAGUCCCGUGUUUAUAAAAGCUCCAUUUUGGGGUGGUUGCCUUUUUUAUUUAACCAUUAUGAGGAGCAGGCAUUGUAUGGCCUGCUUGAGGCUCUUGCCUUUUCUGUUUUCUUUUGCUCUUUAUUUUAUGAGACAUCACAUCUGUUUUCAUUGCCAAGCAGGGUAUGAAGAUUCAAAAGCGUAGAGAAGGAGAAGUUCCAGGCUAGUUGUGCAGACGCUCUGAGACAUGCGUUAGAGAGAGCAGCUUGCUACUUUUGAUUUGAUGCUAAAUGCUGUUUCUUUUCUCUGCCUCUUCCAACUGUAAUAAGAAGGGAUUUGUAUUGCAGUCAAAGCACCUUGUUUGGCAAACAUUUCUUUCUUUCUGUUUUUUUCUUCUUCUUUUUUAUCCAAAAUUGUGGAUGCUAAAUGUGUAUUCCUUCAUUUCCGUAACAAAAUGCCUUGAUUUCUGUUUAUCCUCUUUUUUUUUUUUUUUUUUUUUUAAUUCUAAUAAUUCAUGAAAAUGCCUUGGUAUGUGUAUUUCAAGCGUUCUGCGUCCUCUCUGUGGCUGCACAUCAAUUCCGCCCGUUGUGAUUGGGUGUGAGAGGCAGGCACGAGAGGAGGAGGAGCCUCUGAAUGCGUUAGUGCUCCAGAACUGUGUUGUCAUAGCAACUGAUUGCUGUGACGGAGAGCUGGGCCCUGGUUCUGGUGUUCAGACAAAUCACAUAUUUCUGCUGUCCCCUACUGGACUCCAUCACUACAAUCAUAAGUUCACGGGCGACAUAACUCGUAAUCGCUAUUAUGCUCCUAAUGGCUUUAUCUUGAUUUCUUGCUAAAAAACCGAUGGGUAAAAGAAAGUCAAACUUUUGGACAUGUUUAUGUUCCGUUGCAAUGUUCAGAGAUAUCAAAUAUCCUACAAUGUCUUGGUUUGAAUUAGCAGUAAGUUAAAGAUAUCCUUAAAGAUAUCCUUAUAGUCAUAUAUUGUUCCACCAUUAUAUAAUGUUCUCUUUCUGCGUGAAGUUGUGCAACUUCAGCUAACUGAAUAAAGUGCUUUUCUCAAA